GCGACCAGGAGCCUCCAAAGUUAUGGAACCGCGCUUCGCUAGGAUAGGAGGCUGUCCAGCCAAUGAGGUUGCCAUCCCGCUGACUAGGAGGCUUUCCUUCUUAACUCUUCUGUGGCACUAGCUUGGAGGGCUUCCGGCCGGAGACCAUUAGAAAAGACACACGGAAGGCGGAAGUCUUAGGGCGGAAGUGGCAGAGAGAAAAGGAGAAUGGCGGCCGAGGCCUGGCUUAGGCGCUGGGGCUGGGGCUGGGGUCAGCGGUGCCCAGGGAGGCCUGGGCUUCCUGGCCCCGGCCCAGGCCCCGCUACAUUUCUCCAUUUUCUUCUGUUGCUGGUACCGGUGGCUGCGGAUAUAACCGACGGCAACAGCGAACACCUCAAGCGGGAGCACUCGCUCAUCAAGCCGUACCAAGGGGUAGGUUCCAGUUCCAUGCCGCUCUGGGACUUCCAAGGCAGCACAAUGCUGACGAGCCAGUACGUGCGACUGACCCCCGACGAGCGCAGCAAAGAGGGCUCUAUUUGGAACCACCAGCCAUGUUUCCUCAAGGACUGGGAAAUGCAUGUCCACUUCAAAGUCCACGGCACAGGGAAGAAGAAUCUUCACGGAGAUGGCAUCGCCUUGUGGUACACCCGAGACCGCCUUGUACCAGGGCCUGUGUUUGGAAGCAAAGACAACUUCCAUGGGUUAGCCAUCUUCCUGGACACAUAUCCCAAUGAUGAGACCACUGAGCGUGUGUUCCCGUACAUCUCGGUGAUGGUGAACAAUGGCUCCCUGUCAUACGAUCAUAGCAAAGAUGGACGCUGGAGUGAGUUGGCAGGCUGCACGGCUGACUUCCGCAACCGAGACCAUGAUACUUUCCUGGCUGUACGCUACUCCCGGGGCCGCCUCACGGUGAUGACUGACUUGGAGGACAAGAAUGAGUGGAAGAAUUGCAUCGACAUCACGGGAGUGCGCCUGCCCACCGGGUACUACUUUGGAGCCUCUGCUGGCACUGGGGACCUAUCUGACAACCAUGACAUCAUCUCCAUCAAGCUGUUCCAGCUCAUGGUAGAACGCACACCUGAGGAGGAAAGUAUCGACUGGACCAAGAUCGAACCUGGUGUCAAUUUCCUCAAGUCCCCUAAAGACAAUGUGGAUGACCCCACUGGAAACUUCCGAAGUGGGCCCCUGACAGGGUGGAAGGUCUUCCUGCUGUUGCUGUGUGCGCUCCUGGGCAUCAUCGUCUGUGCUGUGGUGGGCGCCGUGGUGUUUCAGAAGCGCCAGGAGCGGAACAAACGCUUCUACUGAGAGGCCAGUCAGCCCAGGGAGGGCCUGGCCUGGGCCAAGCGCUUAUGUGAACUUUUUUCUACUAGAACUGUAAAAACAACCAACCAACCAACCUUAUUUCUUAACUGUUUCGAAGAAAUAAUUAAAGUAUUUUCAUACAUUUUGCUUCUUGCCCAGCUAAGACAGCUGGCAGGGCUGGGGCCAGGGCUUACCAUCUCUACAGCUGGAGGUUCUUGCCCCAUCCCAAGGUGUGCUGUAGGGAACAGCGGAGGCCCUGCAUGUGGCUGUCAACACUGGAGGUCCUUUGUGCUCAUGGGAUGGCUCCUUAGGGUCCUGUGCAGUGGUUUUGUUUGAGGCCUGUGGUAGCAAACAGGGUUCAGGGUUCUGGGCCUUCCUGCCUCCCUCUAGCUUUUUACAAAGGCGAACUGCAGCUCAGUCUGAAGGACAAUUCCGUAGAGCGAGGGUGUGACCAUUUACUAAAUAAAGUAGCCAUCUUAGCCU